AUGAGACGAUUCUCUUAUGCUGCAGGUUCAGCGGUAGCGAUGAUCGGCGCUAAUCUGCGAUUCGGCAUCGGCGCUUCCGGGAAUGUCACGUCCAACGCCACUAAGGUGUUCCAGUGUCACCCGGGUGGCGUGACCGAGGCCACCGUCAUAUUUAGCCUCGGUGCAAUGGGGAUGGGGGCGAAUAUCAUCCUCAUGACGUUGAUACUGGCGAAGCGACAGCUGCGCAGGUGGUCCCAGGGAUUGUUAUUCCACCAAGCUAUGGUGGAUUGCGCGAGGGCCGCUAUACUGCUGCCCCUAGGCAACAGUAUAUUGAAUUGUCAGCCUGUUAACAAGUGCUCCCUGGUAGAGACCGCCUUUCUGUUACUGGUCACCGUUUCCACGGUGAACAUGCUAACGACCGUACUAAACGACAGCCCGGUGUUCCCCGAGAGCGACGAGGAGGCGGAUCUGACUGCUCCUUUAUUGAUGGACUCACCUCAGUGCGUGCUGUUUGGCACUUUCAUGAUCUGGUUCGCCAGCAUAACUAUCAAUCUGGGACCCACAUUUCUUAGCGGAGCAUUAGCGGCGAACACGGAGAGCGGCCACAACACGCCCAGCUGCCCGCUUGUACACGGCCCUUUCCGCCACUACAUACUCAAUGCCCUCUGGAUUGUCAUCAACAUUAUUUGCGUAGCGCUCACGCUCUUUCACUUGAGAAAGUUGCACAGAGACCUGACGAAAGCUAAUGUCGAAGCGGUACGAGUAGCUGGUCUUGUUACAACGCUCGUUAAUGUAACGGGAGGACAUCAGGGUGCAACGAAUGCGCUUGCAACUGAGGAUGGUGACACGAGGAACGGUGCGACACCGAAAAGGACGGGCGCCAUCGAGGAGCACCGAAAAAUGCGGAAUUACCUCAGGAGGAUGGAACGCGAGGGUGUGCAGAGGGUGAAAAUGUUCCUGGUCAUAACAGCGGCGUACGUCUUGUUCUGGGGACCAUUGUUUUUCGUUACCCUGGUGCACCACCCCGUCAUAGGGAACCCUACCGGCUACGAGGUGACCCUACACAUCGCGUACGUGCACGCCUUCGUAAACCCAGCCCUGUUCCUCGCCCUGCACCGAGGGCUGCGGCAGGGGAUGUCGGACGUGUGUUGCGGCUGUUGCGAAAGCAUAGCCCGGUGGAUCCUCGGGUCGGCUGCCGCGACCGGUCCAAUGCAGAAUGUACAACUACCCCGAUACGAGCCACCGAUGAACCUCCCCUCGCCGCCGGACCCACCCCUGGCAGCGUCGGCCGUAUCGCCGGGAUGUAAUCUCACUGACGUGGCGCUCCUGAAACCACCCUUGCCACCGACUGCCAAACACUUAUUGAUGGACGACUCCAUCGUGAUACCGCCGGAUCCUUGGAGUCUGACUUCAAGACCAAAGAGCACUUCUAGCCUAUACGAAGAGGAAUUAUCCAGGAGACCGAGCCUCCUCCUACCACCACCGGCGGAACUAAAUGAUCUGCAAAUGAGUCCGACAAGUAGCGACUUGCCCAGCGAAUAAACGACUUUUAGUCAACAUCAACAUCGAACAAAAAGCACAAUGUUAACCGAUUACAAUGUAAAAAAUAAUUGUAAAAAUGAUAAAAACAGUUUCUAAAGACAAAUCCUUCCUAUUAUCCUAAUCCUCUCCUGGAGCAUCCAAUCAGGCGUUCAUAUUAUAUAUAUUACUGAUAAAAUGCCGAAAUCAAAUGAAUCACGCGCUAU